AUGAUGGCGAAUAAAAACCCGGAGAGCCAGCUCUGUGUGGAGACCAGCAGGAGGCAAGAGGAGCAACUCAACAAGCCACUCAGCUCCUGGAUCUUGGAAGUGAUGCCCAUGGCGUCCCCCCAAACCCUGCUCCUCUGCCUGCUGGUCCUGGUGGUCAUUGACGGCCAGGGUCGACAGGCAGCCAUCCCAGGCUGCCACUUGCACCCCUUCAACGUGACAGUGCGAAGUGACCGCCAAGGCACCUGCCAGGGCUCCCACGUGGCACACGCCUGUGUGGGCUACUGCGAGUCCAGCGCCUUCCCUUCCCGUUACUCUGUGCUGGUGGCCAGUGGCUAUCAACAUAACAUCACCUCUGUCUCUCAGUGCUGCACCAUCAGCAGCCUGAGGAAGGUGAAGGUGCAGCUGCAUUGUGGGGGGGACCGAAGGGAGGAGCUGGAGAUCUUCACAGCCAGGGCCUGCCAGUGUGACAUGUGUCGCCUCUCGCGCUACUAG